CAACCUGAAGCCACCAUGCAGAUCACUCUGAAGACCCUGCAGCAGCAAACCAUUCAGAUAGAGAUAGAUCCCGUUCAGACGGUGAAGGCCUUAAAAGAGAAGAUAGAAGCAGAGAGAGGGAAAGACAGCUUCCCCGUCUCCGGGCAGAAGCUGAUUUAUGCCGGGAAGAUCCUGCAAGAUGACACGCCCAUCCAGGACUACAACAUCGACGAGAAGAACUUCGUUGUGGUGAUGGUUUCCAAGGCUAAACCUGCAGCUGCCGCCUCGUCCCCGGCCUCGGAGGCUCCCAAAGCCCCCGCUCAGGACUCUGGCUCCUCGUCAGCAGCUGCUCCGGCUCCGACCCCCGCUCCGACCCCCGCAGCUGCCCCCACCCCCCCCGACCAGGAGGCCAAAGGAGAGCCAAGUGCCGCUGCCGCCGCAGAACCACCACAACCCGCCGCCAGCUCCAGUACCGCCGGGCAGGGUUUGGACGGAUCCUCAGCGCUCGUGACGGGAGCGGAGUACGAGGCGAUGCUAACGGAGAUCAUGUCCAUGGGCUACGAUAGAGAGAGAGUGGUCGCUGCACUCAGGGCGAGUUUCAACAACCCCCACAGAGCUGUGGAGUACCUGCUGACUGGUCUCCCCAGCAGCCCGGUGCAGGAGAGUAGCGCCCCGGCACCGGCCCCCGCCUCCGGACCCACAGAAGCCCCGUCUCUAGCAGAGGGAGAGAACCCACUUGCAUUCCUGCGGACUCAGCCUCAGUUCCUGCACAUGAGGACGGCCAUCCAGCAGAACCCGGCCCUGCUGCCCGCCCUGCUGCAGCAGCUGGGCCGAGAGAACCCUCAACUCCUACAGCAAAUCAGCCAGCACCAGGAGCUGUUCAUCCAGAUGCUGAACGAGCCGGUGGAGGGGGGGGAGGCCGCUCCGGAGGUGGGAGAGCUGGGCGCCGCCGGGGAGGAGGGGGCGGCGCCCGUCAACUACAUCCAGGUCACACCUCAGGAGAAGGAGGCCAUCGAGAGGUUAAAAGCGCUGGGUUUCCCUGAGGCUCUGGUGAUCCAGGCCUACUUCGCCUGCGAGAAGAACGAGAACCUGGCGGCCAACUUCCUCCUGAACCAGGGUCUGGAGGACGACUGAACAUCGACUUCCUGCUCCUCGCCCCUCCUCCCAUAAAGACUGCCCCCACCCCACACUUACUGUACAGCCACCGCUCCACAGGAGGGGAGGAAGAGGGCUGAGGGAGGGACGGGUUAUGGUUUAAACACUACACACACAAAUCAUAAAAUCCUGUGCAGGAAGGCGGAGGAAGCGACGAAUCCACGAGAAUUCCAAUGGAAUGUGUGUGGGCUUCGUCCCGGGGAGAGAAAAUGAAAUAUAAUCAGAUUUUAGACGCGCUUUGUGGCGUAGAGUGGUGCCGGGAUGACUGAUUUCUGUAGUGGACCCUGAAGGCAGCAUAUCGCUUGUUCCAUCUAGAAAGAGCCAAUGGGAUUUUCCCUUUUUGGAUUAGUGCAGAAAAAUAUGUCAAUGUUUAGUAAAAAGCUAAUGUCACAUGAAUUCACUAACGCUAAGCUAAAGGCGGCUAACGUUGGGCGUUUAGUCGUCUCAUUUAGAUACUUGUUCGCAAUCGCCGUAUUUAAGCUAAGCUAGAGGCUAAGCUAGAGGCUAAGCUAGAGGCGGCUAAUGUUGGGCGUGAUGACAUUUAGUCGUCUCAUUUAGACACUUUUAAGCUAACAACAACCAAAAACAUCCAUACGAGGGAACAAAGAUAAAAUGCUGACUCAUUUCCCGUUUGAGGACUCAUUCCUGCACCACUCUACCAGGGACGGGGAGGGGUGGGGGGGUUGCGAUGAGUGUGUGUGUGUGUGCGGCUGGAUGCAGUUGAAUCUUGUAAACGGAUGGGAGUGUGUAACGCUGCGCCGCCACAACAUUAUCAGUGUGUGUAACUGCUUGUGUUUCUCUGUUAGCUUCAGGCUAGCGGAGAUGUUAGCUGGGUCUGUCUGCGGGGGGGAAUGGGAACUAAACUGACAAAUAAGA